CAACAGGCAGGGCGGAACUGCUGUUUGCAGUAUGCCGAAGGCAGACGGACAGCUUAACACAGUUACCAUAUAACUUAUGACUAAACUAGUUAACAUGCUAUGGACUUAAGUUGAUUUCUUGGUUUUUCACAGGUUAUCGCGGAUACUGUUGUUACCUGUUUAUGGGUGUUUGGAGGUGUUCAAACUUCCCUCACAUUCUUCCCAACGUAUUUUCACGAAGGGAGGCGGCGGUAGAGUGCUCGGCAGCCAUCUUUGGACCUGCCUGGGAGUGGGAUUCGACAAUUCUGGCACUCCAGUUACUUCAAGGGUGGGGAUUUUAACCUACAAUAAUUAAGAAAUAUCCGUGUUAUAAUCGACUGACAGCGUUAAGAACCACAAGGAUCUAGCGUCACUAAACUACUGCGCCGGGAAUGAAACGGAAGGAAAUCUUUUAUGAUCACAAACUGUUUUGAAUUACACGACAUUCUCCACACCGCUGAAACCUGGCCUGUCAGAAGAGGUUCUGAACACAUAUGAGACCACUGUCCUGCAGAUGAGCCAUCGGUGGGGGCCUUUAAGUCGCUGUCGCAGACCCAGAUAGUUCCUGGCGACAGCGGCAUUGCCCCCCAUUUCCCCAUUAUGCCCAACAGCAGUCGGGCGGGGAGCCUGAAGGACCCCGAAAUCGCAGAGCUCUUCUACAAGGAAGACCCAGAAAAACUCUUUUCAGAUCUGCGUGAGAUUGGACAUGGCAGCUUUGGUGCUGUAUAUUUUGCACGGGAUGUGCGGACAAAUGAGGUGGUGGCCAUCAAGAAAAUGUCUUACAGUGGAAAGCAGUCCACAGAGAAAUGGCAAGACAUAAUAAAGGAGGUGAAAUUCCUGCAGAGAAUACAACACCCUAAUAGCAUAGAGUACAAAGGAUGUUACCUGCGAGAGCACACUGCAUGGCUGGUAAUGGAGUAUUGUCUAGGCUCUGCUUCAGAUUUGUUAGAAGUUCACAAGAAACCUCUGCAAGAAAUGGAAAUUGCUGCAAUUACCCAUGGUGCUCUUCAAGGGUUGGCUUAUCUUCACUCCCACAACAUGAUUCACCGAGAUAUAAAGGCAGGAAACGUCUUGCUGACAGAGCCGGGGCAGGUUAAACUUGCAGAUUUUGGUUCUGCUUCUAUUGCCUGUCCUGCCAACUCCUUUGUUGGGACACCAUAUUGGAUGGCCCCAGAGGUAAUAUUGGCAAUGGAUGAGGGUCAGUAUGAUGGAAAGGUCGACAUAUGGUCUUUGGGAAUAACCUGCAUUGAAUUAGCUGAAAGGAAGCCUCCACUGUUCAAUAUGAAUGCAAUGAGUGCCUUAUACCACAUAGCACAGAAUGAGAGCCCAACGCUACAGUCUAAUGAAUGGACGGAUUAUUUCCGAAACUUUGUAGAUUCUUGCCUUCAGAAAUUUCCACAGGAUAGGCCGAACUCUGAGGAGCUUUUAAAGCAUGCAUUUGUUCAGCGGGAGCGACCAGAAUCUGUUCUACUGGACCUCAUAAAUCGUACUAAGGAUGCAGUGAGGGAGCUGGACAAUCUGCAGUAUCGCAAAAUGAAAAAGAUCUUGUUUCAGGAAGCCCACAAUGGCCCCACAACUGAGGCACAAGAUGAGGAGGAGGAGCCAGAACACAUUGUGGGUCGGACUGGUACAGUUAACAGCGUGGGGAGCAACCAGUCUAUCCCCAGUAUGUCGAUAAGUGCCAGCUCUCAGAGCAGUUCUGUCAACAGUCUAACAGAUGCAGGCGAUGACAAGAGUGAGCUGGACAUGGAGGGAGACCACACAGUAAUGUCCAACAGCUCAGUCAUACACCUCAAACCGGAGGAAGAGACGUACAAUCAAGAGUCAGAGCCUCAAACUCGACCAACUGAGCCGCAGUCCCCACCUGCACACACUCCAAGGCCAAAACGAAACCGCGAACACUUUGCCACUAUACGCACAGCCUCAGUGCUCACCCGACAGAUUAAGGAGCACGAGCAGGAUUCUGAGUUAAGGGAGCAAAUAUUGGGCUAUAAGCGCAUGCGGCGGCAGCACCAGAAACAGCUGAUGGCUCUGGAAAAUAAGCUGAAGGGUGAGAUGGAUGAGCACAGACUCCGCCUGGACAAGGAGCUCGAGAACCAGAGAAAUAGCUUUGCCCAGGAAAUGGAGAAACUUAUCAAGAAGCACCAGGCAUCCAUGGAGAAAGAUGCAAAAACAUUCAGCAAUGAUGAAAAGAAGUUCCAGCAGCACAUUCAGAGUCAGCAGAAGAAGGAGCUCAACAGCUUUUUAGAAUCCCAGAAAAGAGAGUACAAGCUUCGCAAAGAACAACUCAAAGAGGAGUUGAAUGAAAACCAGUCAACACCUAAGAAAGAAAAGCAAGAGUGGCUGUCCAAGCAGAAAGAGAAUUUCCAACACUUCCAAGCAGAGGAAGAGGCCAACCUGCAGCGUAGGCAGCGUCAGUACCUGGAUCUGGAAUGUCGAAGGUUCAAACGGAGGAUCUUGAUUGCACGUCACAAUAUUGAACAGGAUUUAGUGCGUGAGGAGCUAAACAAGCGUCAAACCCAGAAGGACUUGGAACAUGCCAUGCUGCUACGGCACCAUGAGUCCAUGCAAGAGCUGGAGUUCCGCCAGCUCAAUACCAUCCAAAAAACCAGGGCUGAACUCAUCCACCUGCAGCAUCAGACAGAACUCACUAAUCAGCAGGAGUACAACAAGAGGAGGGAGAGGGAACUUCGCCGCAAGCACGUUAUGGAGGUUCGCCAGCAACCCAAGAGCCUCAAGUCCAAAGAGCUACAGAUCAAGAAGCAGUUCCAGGACACCUGUAAGAUCCAGACCAGGCAGUACAAGGCACUGAGGAAUCAUCUACUGGAGACCACACCAAAGUCAGAGCACAAGGCUGUCCUUAAGCGUCUGAAGCAGGAGCAGCACCGCAAACUUGCGAUCUUGGCAGAGCAGUAUGACCACUCAAUCAAUGAGAUGCUUUCCACUCAGGCGCUACGUCUGGAUGAGACUCAGGAGGCUCAGUGCCAAGCCUUAAGAAUGCAGCUACAGCAGGAGCUGGAGCUUCUGAAUGCCUACCAGAGCAAGAUCAAGAUGCAGACGGAUUCUCAGCAUGACCGCGAGAGGAAGGACCUGGAGCAGAGAGUGUCACUGCGAAGGGCUCUGCUGGAACAGAAGAUUGAGGAGGAGAUGUUGUCUUUGCGGAAUGAACGCUUGGAGCGAAUCCGGAGCCUUCUGGAGCGCCAAGCCCGCGAGGUUGAAGCUUUUGACUCGGAGAGUAUGCGCCUGGGUUUCAGCAACAUGGUGCUAUCAAACAUCUCCCCAGAGGCCCUCAGCAAUAGCUUUCCUGGGGCUCCAGGAGGAUGGAGCCACCAUCAGCAACAGCACCCAUCUGGGGGUUCUCAAGGACCGCACUGGGGCAGCGGUGGUUCAGGCACAGGGUCAAGCCACCAAGGCAGUCAUCACCACUAUCACUCCAGUCCAGGAGGGGCACCUAUGCAGCAAGGCUGGGGGCAGGGAGGUGUGGGACCCCAACCAUGGGGACACCCGUCAGCAGGAUCCCUGGUUUCCCGCAGCAGUGGAGGUGUACAAAACAGCCCCCAGGCAAUGGGGAGGACACCCUCAGGAGGACGCGGUGAGCCGGGCAUGAGCAGGAGUACCAGUGUCACCUCUCAGAUAUCUAACGGGUCACACCUUUCCUACACAUAGAUCCCCCUGUUCAGCGCUGGAGUCAGUCUGAAUGUGGAGACACCGAAUCCAAUAAGUACAGCAGGACAGAGUAUUGGCCGACUUCUGCAGCUCUGUCUCUCUUUGCUACACUUCCCUUCCAUUUCCCUGUGUACAGAUGUGGAUGUUUGAUGAAAUACAUGUUGCUCAGGUCAAAAGGGCUGGAAGAGGCACAGCCCCUUCUCACAGCAGUUUAUCGGCACACAUAAAGAUCCUUACAUUUUUGUUACAUAGGCAAUUUGAGUAUCCACAUUUAAUAUUCCCUUUUUUUAUUUAAAGCUGUCUCCUAGGGAUUUUAAAAAUAUGUUGCGUAAUAGUUACAGCCAUUGCUCUCAUUUUGCACAUGAAACACUGUUAGCUUUGCCUUUGACAUGUGUUUACUAUGUCUUCAGAGAUGUGGUAUCAAACAAUCACCCAUAUUGUUUAAGUUCCCCCUUCUUCUGAUUCAUACUCGGUUAUACACUGGCUGAUUCUCUGACGGUGGUUAAAGCACAGCAGACCUAACCUACAAUGCUUAGCUGUUGUGAUACCAGCCUGCUGUAAUGGUCAUUGUGAUGAAUUUAAUGCCUCCUUUUAUUUAGAAGUUUUAUUUCAACUGGUUUCCUGUUGAGGAUUAUGCUACAACACUACUACUGUGCCUUUUUAACUUUUGAUUAUACACUUUAGUCUCAGAUCUAAGUUUGACUUUAAACUUAAUCAGCAGUUUGAGAUCAGUGCCAGUGAAUGUUUAUUCAGUUUUAACAUUGGUUAUCUCUCACCAGAGGCCCCAAAUACAUCUCAGAUUUAUUCUAUUCUGUGUGUGUGAAGUAAAUGUGGGUUUAAGUCUUAGAAAUGGUGAGAAAUACAAAAUGACUUGUGCAUAUCAGUGACUAUAUUCUUGAGGUCUUUAGAAUGGUGGUACUUAGAGGUCAACUUAAAACCUUUCCUUUCUUAGAAUGUCAAUGUCCAGGAGGAAUUGUCACAUGUAGAGACUCAUUGCCUUCAGAAAAAAAUUCUAGUAUUAAUCUGAUUUUGUUAGUGCCUUUUAAAACUGCUGCCUUUUUCAAAGCACUUUAUACAGCUAAAUAUGUAUAAUAGUAAAAUUGAUUUUACUUUUUUCUUUUUCCAAGUAUGUGGAGGAUGAGUGUUUUUGUUGGUACAUGUAUAAUUAACUUGAGUCUAGCUAACCUGUGCUGUGAUUUUUUUUUUUUUUUUUUUUUUUUUUAAAGGAGCAUUUACCCAAGUACAGAGAGGCUUAGUGUGUGGGGACAUACAGUAUGCUGGUGAAAGUACUGUUCCUCUUUCCUGCAGCCUGUGUUUGGAAACUGUAGCUGUAUGCUCUUGCUGCAUUAUGAAUGCAUAGAGGACAUGAGGAUGUUGCUGGCAUUUAAGAUGAUUUGACUACAGUAUGCAUUUAACAAACUAAAAGUGAGUUAGCUUAACAGAAAUUGUAAGUGCUAGCAGGUGCGUUAAGGUAAUUGUCAUGACCAUGACAGCAGGCUUGUCACUACUAACAACUCUUUAAAAUGUCAAGGCCCUGUUAAGCAACACUAAUAAUCUAAAUGGUGCUAGAUAAUAUAUGUUACGCCAUCUCGUCAGAACCCCAAAACAUGGGUGACUGAGUUAAGCACAUGCUCUCAUAAUGACAUUGUAGCAAAACAAAUGUAAAAUUGACUCAGCACACUGUAAGGACAGCCAAAUACAAAUGAUUAAAUGUGGCAAAAAGCACUUAGGUAUUCUUUGAUGCUGAAGUAGAUGCUCUCUUAAUAUCUGUUUUGCUUACUUCAUUUUUGGUUUUUGAGUGUUGACAUGUCAAUGCCCUUCUAACCUUUUUACAGCCUCUCUGUCCAAAUGGGACGUUCAAACUCGAAACAGAUAAUUCAAGAUGUUGAAAAAGGCCUUUAAGGAUAAUGAUCCAGAGUUAUAAGGAUGUAUGCUCCCCUGAAUCACAAAGCUGGAGUUAUAUGUUCAUAUGUGUAUAUUUUAUUAAAAACAUUAAAGACUAAACUCACAUUUUAAGAAAAUACUUUCUGAGACUAACUUUAUUUAACUGGCAGACCACACUGAUAUUAACCUAUUUUUUUUUUACUCUCAGAGUGAAAAUUGUGUUGAAUUGUCUGAAAAUAGCUUUUUAAAAGAUCUUUGGUUUUGUGUACGGCCUUCUGUUUAAAUAUCAUUCAUUUAACUCAGUGUUUCAUCAACAUCACUACAAAUUUCCCCCACUCAGAUCCAGAGCCACAUGAUUCUUCCUUUUUAGAUGCUGGCUCUUUAUGAAUGUUGUACUGUGAUGUAUUCCUAUCACAUUUGAGGACACAAAAUGCUGGGGUCUUGUUCUUGAAGAGGUGGGAUUUCAAGUUUGAACAUGUAUACUGUAUAGAAAGGAUGCAUUUAUAUCAAGUUACACAUGGUUUAGUACCAAAAGUUUAGUUUUAAAGGUCAACCCAAAAUUGCUUCAAUGCCAAGUGAUUGUUCCAGCCACUGUAAAAUGACAGGUUAGAUUCACUAUUUCUUUUCUGAUGUAAGUGUUUUCAGUAAAGAAAAGGGGAAUGUAUUUAUUAUCGGGAUCUUACUUAAAGUCGAAAGCCAAGGCCAAGAGUUUGAAUGUUAGGCCAAUCAAACCUCACAUACAUGCCAACCUUAUGUUUUUUUGUGAACUUUUUGUUCACAUCUAUGUCAACGUUGUGUGCGAGGGGAUUUAUUGUACAAUGUUUAUCAUACUUUAUACUUUUAACUUUGAUGUCAAAAUUUGUCCUACUGACUGAACACGUAUGGGAUACUGAAUGAGAGUCAGCAACAGAAAAUGGCAGUCCUUUCUAUGGUCAAACACUGUGCCAUACCUGAGUUGCCGAGCCCAGACACCACUGCAUUGUUUCAUCUUCAUGAUUUUACUUAAUAUCUGGCUAAUGGCAAGAAAUGUAUGAAACAUUUAAAACAAAUGUGGUGGUUCUGGUCAAGUGGCCAAAGUAAAAAUAAAAACAAAAAACAAAAAAAAAAGGCUUGAAAAGAUGAUGUGGUGACAGGCAAUGUAUGAAAAGAGAUUGCAUUUCUUUGAAGAUGUCAGUAUUCUUUGGCACAUUACCACUACAACUCAUAACCUGUAUUAAAAUGUAUAGAUGGUGGAACUUGUUGAAUGUCUGAGAGAUUAUGAAGAUACUACAUAAGAGAUGGUAAAGUACUAAAAGUGGAUUUAAAUUGUGUAAAAAGAUUCAAAAAACGGAAUAAAAAAAUAGGAUCAAAUUUACUAUUUUGUUUGUAUUAUAUUUACCAUUGUGUUGGCAGAGGGAUAUUGAACAGAAAUCAGCUGUAAUAAAGUAAUUUUAGUAUAA